GUAAUAAUGCUGGUGUCUACGUCGCAUGGAGAUCUCAGGAUCUCUGUCCUAUGCAAUGCGACAAGGGUCUACGAUAUAUGGCUUGCGGGCCAACUUGCCGUCAGACGUGUGAAACCAUUAGUGGAGAGACCCAGUUGCAUUGCAGUGAAUGCGUCGAGGGUUGUCAUUGUCCAAAGGGCUAUGUUGCUCAAGAUGAGGGCUGCGUGCUGGCAGAUGAAUGUCCUUGUUUCUAUGACAACGGCGAAUAUCCACCUUGGACUGUCAUUACAAAGGAAUGCCAAAAUUGCACAUGCUUUCAAGGACAGUUUGUUUGUUAUGGAGAACCAUGUCCAGAACCUACUUGUAGCCCAAGUGAAAUUGCAUGUUCUAAUGGAAGGUGUAUUCCACACGGCUGGGCGUGUGAUGGCGCUAAUGAUUGCGGCGACGGAAGUGAUGAAGAAGAUUGUGUGUACACAUGCAGUGUAGAUGAGUUCACCUGUGAUAACGGUCAUUGCAUUGAUGGAUCUUUUAAGUGUGAUGGGCUACCUGACUGUCUGGACAACAGUGAUGAACAUGGUUGUGGACCUCCUACUUGUACUGAAGAUGAAUUUACUUGUGACAAUGGACAUUGCAUUCCAAAAUCAUUCCAAUGUGAUGGAGAACUUGAUUGUGGCUUUAAUGAUAGGAGCGACGAGGCGGAUUGUUAUGAAUGUACUGUUCGUGAGAUGGUCUGUGCAUCUGGAGAAUGUCAGCCAAUUACACAUCGCUGCGAUGGUCAUGAUGAUUGUGGUGAUAUGAGUGAUGAAUUUGGCUGUAACUGUACUUGUGAGGGAAGUUUUGUUUGCGGUGAUUGCAAUCAGUGUCUUCAAGAAUUGGAGGUCUGUGAUGGUGUAAAGCAAUGUUCUGAUGGAAGUGAUGAGAUGGACUGCCCUUGCGAAACUGGAAAAUUUAGUUGUACAACUGGUGAAUGUGUUGAUCAAAGUCAACUCUGUGAUGGUAACAUUGAUUGCACAUCAGAGGAAGAUGAAGCUGCAUGCAAGACCACAGCUCUGCCAACCACAACGCCAAUACCAACAACCACUAUGCUACCAACUACAACCAUUACCACAACCACUAGCAUUCCAACCGAGUUUGUGCCAACUACUGGUAUCUACACAACCACAGAAAAGAUAACAAGACCCAGGACUUGUACAACUGAAGAAUUCACCUGUGAUGAUGGUGAAUGUAUUGAUAUCAUUGACCAUUGUGAUGGAACAGAAGAUUGUAGAGAUGGAAGUGAUGAAGAUGCUAAUGUUUGUGAGGUGACUUGUGCUGAAUAUACCUGUCUUGAUGGAAGAUGUUUGUUCAAUUCCGCGGUGUGUGAUGGAACAGAAGAUUGUGCAAAUGGAGAAGAUGAGGAAUUUUGUACUACUACUGAAUUUAUAACAACACCUAACACAGAAUGCAAUGCAAAUGAAUUUACUUGUGACAAUGGAGAGUGUGUUCCAGGAGGACUAAAUGGAGCUAUUUGUAACAAUAUUAAUGAUUGUGGUGAUGGCUCAGAUGAAAAGUUCUGUGGAACUACACCAACGACAACACAAAUCGGCUGUACAAUAUACGAAUGGCAGUGUACAGGAUUGGAUGUUUGCAUUAACAUUGAAAGAAGGUGUGAUAACAUAUUGGAUUGUCCUAAUGCAAGCGAUGAAAUAGGUUGUGUUUUCCAAACGACAACAUCUUAUUUGCCUAUUACAACAACAGCUCAACCACCAGUUAUAACUACAGCUCAACCAUCAGUUGUAACUACUGCUCAACCACCAAUUAUAACUACUGGCCAACCAUCUGGUAUAACUACAGCUCAACCAACAGGUGUAACAACAGGACAACAAUCAGUUGUUACUACAGCUCAACCACCAGCAACUACUAGCCAACCAUCAGUUGUUACUACAGCUCAACCACCAGCAACUACUAGCCAACCAUCAGUUGUUACUACAGCUCAACUACCAGCAACUACUGGCCAACCAUCAGUUGUUACUACAGCUCAACCACCAGCAACUACUAGCCAACCAUCAGUGGUUACUACAGCUCAACCACCAGCAACUACUAGCCAACCAUCAGUUGUUACUACAGCUCAACAAUCUGUAGUUACUACAGCUCAACCAACAGGCAUAACAACAGGUCAACCAUCAGUUGUAACUACUGCUCAACCACCAAUAACUACUGGCCAACCAUCAUUUGUAACAACAACUAAACCAUCUGUACAUACUACAGCUCAACCUAUAGCAGUUACAACAGGACAACCAUCAGUUGUUAGUACGGCUCAACCACCAAUAACUACUGGACAACCAUCAGUUGUAACAACAGGCCAACCAUCUGUAGUUACCACAGCUCAACCAACAGGUAUAACAACAGCUCAACCAUCAGCUGUAACUACUGCUCUACCACUAAUAACUACUGCCCAACCAUCAGUUGUAACAACAGGCCAACCAUCUGUAGUUACUACAGUUCAACCUACAGUUAAAACUGGUCAACCAUCAAUUGUUACUACAGCUCAACCACCAGUUACUACUGGCCAACCAUCAGUUAUAACAACAGGUCAACCAUCAGUUGUAACAACAGGUCAACCGUCAGUUGCAACAACAGGUCAACCAUCAGUAACAACAGGUCCAACAUCAGUUAUUACUACAGCUCAACCACCAAUUACUACAGGCCAGCCAUCAGUUGUAACUACUGCUCAACCACCAGUAGCUACUAGCCAUCCAUCAGUUGUAACAACAGGCCAACCAUCUCUAGUUACUACAUCUCAACCAACAGGUAUAACAACAGGUCAACCAUCAGUCGCAACAACAGGCCAACCAUCUGGUGUAUCUACAGCUUUACCAACAGGUAUAACAACAGGUCAACCAUCAGUUGUUUCUACAGCUCAACCGCUAAUAACUACUGGCCAACCAUCAGUAUUAACAACAGGUCAACCUUCUAUAGUUACUACAGCACAAAUGACAGGUCAACCAUCAGUUGUAACUACUGCUCAACCACCAAUAACUACUGGCAAACCAUCAGUUGUUACUACAGCUCAACCUACAGUUACAACAGGACAACCAUCAAUUGUUACUACAGCUCAACCACCAAUAACUACUGGCCAGCCAUCAGUUGCGACAACAGGCCAACCGUCUGUAGUUACUACAGUUGAACCAACGGGUAUAACAACAGGUCAACCAUCAGUUGUUACUACUGCUCAACCACCAAUAACUACUGGCCAACCAUCAGUACUAACAACAGGACAACCAUCUGUAGUUACUACACCUCAACCUAGAGUUACAACAGGACAACCAUCAGUUGUCACUACUGCUCAACUGCCAAUAACUACUGCCCAACCACCAGUUGUAACAACAGGCCAACCGCCUUUAGUCAGUACAGCUGAACCAACAGGUAUAACAACAGGUCAACCAUCUGUAGUUACUACACCUCAACCUAGAGUUACAACAGGAAAACCAUCAGUUGUCACUACUGCUCAACCGCCAAUAACUACUGGCCAACCACCAGUUGUAACAACAGGCCAACCGUCUUUAGUCACUACAGCUGAACCAACAGGUAGAACUACUACAGCUCAACCGCCAAUAACUACUGGCCAAACAUCAGCUGCAACAACAGGUCAACCAUCAGUUGUUACUACAGCUCAACCACCAAUAACUACUGGCCAGCCAUCAGUUGUAACAACAAGCUCACCAUCUGUAAUUACUACGGCUCAACUUACAGUUACAACAGGUCUACCAUCAGUUGGAACUACAGGCCAACCAUCUGUAAUUACUACAGCUCAACCAACAGGUAUAAUAACAACAGGCCAAACAUCUGUUGCAACUACUGCUCAACCACCAAUAACGACUGGCCAACCAUCAGUUGUGACAACAGGCCAACCAUCUGUAGUUACUACAGGUAUAACAACAGGUCAACCAUCAGUUGUAACAACAGGCCAACCAUCUGGUGUAACUACAGGUCAACCUACAGUUACAACAGGUCAACCAUCAUUUGUAACCACAGUUCAAUCAUCAGUUGUUACUACAGCUUUAACAACAGGUAUAACAACAAGUCAACCAUCAGUUGUUACUACAGCUCAACCACCAAUAACUACUGGCCAACCAUCAAUUGUGACAACCAGCCAACCGUCUAAAGCUACUACAGCUGAACCUGCAGGUGUAACAACAGGUCAACCAUCAGCUGUAACCACAGGCCAACCAUCAGUUAUUACUACGGCUCAACCUACAGUUACAACAGGUCAACCAUCAGUUGUCACUACUACUCAACCACCAACUACUGGCCAGCCAUCAGUUGUAACUACUACUCAACCACCAACUACUGGCCAGCCAUCAGUUGUAACAACAGGUCCACCAUCUGUAAUUACUACAGCUCAUCCAACAGGUAUAACAACAACAGGUCAAACAUCAGUUGUAACUACUGCUCAACCACCAAUAACUACUGGCCAACCAUCAGUUGUAACAACAAUUCAACCAUCAGUUGUUACUACAGCUCAACCACCUAUAACUACUGGCCAACCAUCAGCUGUGACAACAGGCAAACCGUUUGAGGUUACUACUGGUCAACCUACAGUUACAACAGGUCAACCAUCAGUUACAACAGGUCAAUCAUCAGUAAUUGUUACUACAGCUCAACCACCAAUAACUACCAGCCAUCCAUCAGUUAUAACAACAGGCCAGCCAUCUGGUGUAACUACAACUCAACCUACGAUAACAACAGGUCGAUCAUCAGUUGUUACUACUGCUCAACCACCAAUAACUACUGGCCAACCAUCAGUAGUAACAACAGGCCAGCCAUCCAUAGUUACUACAGCUCAACCAACAGGUAUAACGACAGGUCAACCAUCAAUAACUACUGGCCAACCAUCAAUUGUGACAACCAGCCAACCGUCUGAAGCUACUACAGCUGAACCAGCAGGUGUAACGACAGGUCAAUCAUCAGUUGUAACCACAGGCCAACCAUCAGUUGUUACUUCAGCUCAACCUACAGUUACAACAGGUCAACCAUCAGUUGUCACGACUACUCAACCACCAACUACUGGCCAGCCAUCAGUUGUAACAACAGGUCCACCAUCUGUGAUUACUACAGCUCAACCAACAGGUUUAACGACAGGUCAACCAUCAGUUGUAACUACUGCUCAACCACCAAUAACUACUGGCCAACCACAGGUUGUAACAACAGGCAAACCGUCAGUAGUUACUACACCUCAACCUACAGCUACAACAGGACAGCCAUCAGUUGUUACUACUGCUCAACCACCAAUAACUACUGGCCAACCACCAGUUGUAACAACAGGCCAACCGUCUUUAGUCACAACAGCUGAACCAACAGGUAUAACAACAGGUCAACCAUCAGUUGCAACAACAGGCCAACCAUCAGUUGUUACUACAGCUCAACCACCUAUAACUACUGGCCAACCAUCAGUAGUAACAACAGCUCAACCAUCCAUAGUUACUACUGCUAAACCAACAGGUUUAACGACAGGUCAACCAUCAACAGGCAUAACGACAAGUCAACCAUCAGUUGUAACUACUGCUCAACCACCAAUAACUACUGGCCAUCCAUCAGUUAUAACAACAGGCUCACCAUCAGUUGUUACUACAGCUCAACCUACAGUUACAACAGGUCAACCAUCAGUUGUAACCACAGGUCAACCAUCAGUUGUUACUACAGCUGAACCAACAGGUAUAACAACAAUAGGCCAAACAUCUGUGGCAACUACUGCUCAACCACCAAUAACGACUGGCCAACCAUCAGUUAUAACAACAGGUCAAACAUCUAUAGUUACUACUGCUCAACCAACAGGCAUAACGACAGGUCAACCAUCAGUUGUAACUACUGCUCAACCAUCAAUAACUACUGGCCAACCACAGGUUGUAACAACAGGCAAACCGUCAGUAGUUACUACACCUCAACCUACAGUUACAACAGGACAGCCAUCAGUUGUUACUACUGCUCAACCACCAAUAACUACUGGCCAACCACCAGGUGCAACAACAGGCCAACCGUCUUUAGUCACAACAGCUGUACCAACAGGUAUAACAACAGGUCAACCAUCAGUUGCAACAACAGGCCAACCAUCAGUUGUUACUACAGCUCAACCACCUAUAACUACUGGCCAACCAUCAGUAGUAACAACAGCUCAACCAUCCAUAGUUACUACUGCUAAACCAACAGGUUUAACGACAGGUCAACCAUCAGUUGUAACUACUGCUCAACCACCAAUUACUACUGGCCAACCAUCAGUUUUAACAACAGGUGAACCAUCAGUUGUUACUACAGCUCAACAACCAAUAACUACUGGCCAACCAUCAGUUGUGACAACAGGCCAACCGUCUGUAUUUACUACAGCUCAACCUACAGGUAUAACAACAGGUCAACCAUCAGUUAUUACUACCGCUCAACCAUUAAUAACUACUGGACAACCGUCAAUUGUUACAACAGGCCAACCGCCUGUAGUUACUACGGCUGAACCAACAGGUAGAACUACAGGCCAACCAUCAGUUGUAACAACAGGCCAACCACCUGUAGUUACUACAGCUCAACCAGCAGGUAUAACAACAGGCCAAUCAUCAGUUGUAACUACAGCUCAACCACCAAUAACCACUGGGCAAACGUCAGUUGUAACAACAGGACAUCCAUCACUUGUUACUACAGGUCAACCACCAAUAACUACUGGCCAACCAUCAGUUAUAACAACUGGUCAACCAUCAGUUGUUACUACAGCUCAACUAUCAGUAACUACUGGCCAGCCAUCAGCUGUAACAAGUCCACCAUCUGUAAUUACUACAGCUCAACCAACAGGUAUAACAACAAUAGGCCAAACAUCAGUCGUAACUACUGCUCAACCACCAAUUACUACUGGCCAACCAUCAGUUGUAACAACAGGCCAACCGUCUGUAGUUACUACUGCUCAACCAACAGGCAUAACGACAGGUCAACCAUCAGUUAUUACUACAGCUCAACCAUUGAUAACUACUGGCCAACCAUCAAUUGUGACAACAGGUCAACCAUCUGCUAUAUCCACAGCUCAUCCUACUGCUGUGACAACAGGACAACAAUCCGUUGUGACUACAGCUCCAUUUGGAACUACAUCAAUCUUACAUCUUACUCAAAGUACAGAAAUAGCUAUAUUUACAGCUGCAGUAACUACAGCUUCUCCGACUACAGUUCAACCAUCUGUCAUAACAACAGCUCAACCAACAGUUCAGACAACCGGCCAACCAUCUUAUGUAACAACCGGUGAACCAAAAAUUACUACAACUGAAGUUGCUCAGAGGACAAUGGUAACAACCAUGUUUGGAACAGUACCUACUACAUGUGCUGCCAGGCAGUUCCGUUGUGGAAGUGGGGAGUGUAUUGAGUCUGAUAGACUUUGUAACAGAGUUCAAGAUUGCUCUGACUAUUCUGAUGAAAUAGGAUGUGGAACAACUGUGCCACCAACAACGGUUUUAGAGGCAACCACUGAGAUUGAAGAUCACUGUAGUGCAAAACUUGGACUUGAAGAUGGAACCAUCCAGCCACACCAGUUAUCAGCCUCAUCAACAGAAGAUGGGAACAGUGUCAGUAAUGUUGCACUCAAUAGCCCUGUAGAUGGAAAUGGCAACACUGCAUGGGUACCAAAACAGAAUGAUACAGCUCCAUCAUUCACAGUCGAUCUUCUAUCAACCUACAUAAUAACAGCUAUCCUUGUACAAGGUGGUGGGAUAACCUCAGGAUCAUAUGUCAAAACUUUAACUGCUCAGAUGAGUCCUGAUGGUGCAGUUUAUAGAAGAUACCUGGAUGAUAACGACACUCCAUAUUAUUUGCCUGCAAAUGAUAAUGAUUUUGAGAUUAAAAAAAUUGGGUUACCAGAACCAAUUCAAACAAGGUUCUUGCGCCUCAAAAUAGAGGAUUUUGAAGGAAAAGAGCCCAGCUUUAGAUUUGAAUUAAUUGGAUGCCCUGCAAAGGUUCAAACAACAACUAUGACAACAGGUCAACCAUCAAUUGUGACUACAGCUCAAACGACAGCUGUGACUACAGCCAAACCAUCAGCUGUUUCAACAGCUCAACCACCAGCUGUAACAACAGGUGUACCAUCAGUUGUGAAAACAGCUCAACCAACAGCUAUGACAACAGGUCAACCAUCAGCUGUAACGACAGCUCACCAAACAGGUAUGACUACAGGUCAACCACCAGCAGUAACAACAGGUCAGCCAUCAGUUGUAACCACAGGUAAACCUUCAAUUGCAACAACAGGCAUGCCAUCAGUUGUAACCACAGGAAAACCAUCAGUUGUAACAGCUGAACCAACAACUAUAACAACAGGUCAAACAUCAGUUGUUACAACAGCUCAACCACCAGCUGUAACAACAGGUGUACCAUCAGUUGUAACGACAGGGAAACCAUCAGUUGUAACAACAGCUCAACCAACAGCUAUAACAACAAGUCAGCCAUCAGCUGUAACAACAGCUCACCAAACAGCUAUGACUACAGGUCAACCAUCAGUUGUGACAACAUCACAACCACCAACUGUAACAACAGGUCAACCAUCAGUUGUGACAACAGCUCGCCCACCAGCUGUAACAACAGGUCAACCAUCAAUUGUAACCACAGGAAAACCCUCAAUUGUAACAACAGCUGAACCAACAACUAUAACAACAGGUCAUCCAUCAGUUGUUACAACAGCUCAACCACCAGCUGUAACAACAGGUGUACCAUCAGUUGUAACCACAGGAAAACCAUCAGUUGUAACAACAGCUCAACCAACAGCCUGUCUCUUAUACACAUCUAGAUGUAUCACUGUAGUGCAAAACUUGGACUUGAAGAUGGAACCAUCCAGCCACACCAGUUAUCAGCCUCAUCAACAGAAGAUGGGAACAGUGUCAGUAAUGUUGCACUCAAUAGCCCUGUAG